AUGGAUAAACAUACCGGAAUCACACGAAUUGAUAAACCCACCGGAAUCACACGAAUUGAUAAACCCACCGGAAUCACACGAAUUGAUAAACCCACCGGAAUCACACGAACUGAUGAACACACCGAAAUCACACGAAUUGAUAAACCAACCGGAAUCACACGAAUUGAUAAACCCACCGGAAUCACACGAAUUGAUAAACCCAACGGAAUCACACGAAUUGAUAAACCCACCGGAAUCACACGAAUUGAUAAACCCACCGGAAUCACACGAAUUGAUAAACCCAACGGAAUCACACGAAUUGAUAAACCCAACGGAAUCACACGAAUUGAUAAACACACCGGAAUCACACGAAUUGAUAAACCCAACGGAAUCACACGAAUUGAUAAACACACCGGAAUCACACGAAUUGAUAAACACACCGGAAUCACACGAAUUGAUAAAGCCACCAGAAUCAUGCCAAUGGAUAAACCAACCGGAAUCACACGAAUUGUUAAACAUACAUGA